AGACAGAGACACAGGCAGGUCAGAGGUCAACUCGUCUCCAUCGGCUGCAUCGGACAUUUACGCAUCGAGUCCCAGCAGUCGAGCAAGGCCCGGUCAGCCUUGGGACGCAACCCAGCGACGCAACACAACGAAGUAGCCGGUCCGAUUACAGCCAUCAGGUGGUGGUACCAUGGUUGCCACGGUGACGGCAGUGGUGUGCCUGUCUGUGUGUCUGUGUGCGUGUCAGAUUAGAGGGAUGUACAUCCCCCCAAAGAUGAACAGAACCAUCCACAACCUCCUGCAGCACUAUAAAAUUUCAACUAAAGAGAGAUUCAACGGGAACCCCGUCUUCUCCAAGGAGCUCCUGAAAAGCAACACUGAGGAUGCAGAAAAGAGGAUUUUUGUAAGCAGUGUUUUGGAGACGUAUGAAAACAUGAUUGGUCAGAUGCUGAACCAGCUGUCCAACACAAGUUCCGGGACAGGUGAAAUUAAAGAGGGCCACGCCUCCACCAUCACCAUGGCUACUGCCGGCGAUGGCGGCAGAGCAAAGGCGGAGAUCAGGGAGGAGCUGAACUACAUCUUGAAAAAAGUCCAGGACCUGAGAAUCCUCCACUACCAGCAGCAGAAAACUCUCCUGCAGGAACUCCAGGAUGUGAGACAAAUCAAGAUGGAUAACUUCAUCAUCCAGAGUAAAUCUCUGUGGGAGCUGCCGUGGCUUUAUGAGAAAGCAAGCUCAUUGGCUGAGACCAGCAACCAUAAGCGACGACAGCUGCGGCGACGGAAGCGGAGGCAAACACAGCGGGCCAAAAGGCGCCCGAAAAUCUGAGCUGCAUCAAAACUCCACAGCAAUUAAACUAAAGAAGAAAACCGCAACAGUAACUAUAAUACAACAGCAGAAUAUUUAAAUUCCAGUCAGGUGAAAAACAGUAUUAUGAGACUUCAUGCAAUGCUGAAAAUACCAGUUUAAAACCAAGUAUCAAACUUUUUUGAAAAAUAAAACUGAACUUGUAUCUUAUGCUUGAUAAAUUAUAAAUAGUGUGGCAAAUGUUAAAUAUAUUUAUUUAUUUAAUUCACAUCAAGAUUUAGAGAGUUGAUCUCCAAUAGGAGUCAUUAACAAAUUUAUCAACAAUGUGGAAGAAUGCUUGUAACAGAUGUUUUAAUUAAUGACUCCGCCCACUUGAAGAUGAUGUUUACAGUACACUGGGUCCAGGUCCAGUGCUGAAGUACUUUGCUAAACAGAACAAAUAUACUCUUCAGGGAGUUUUACAAUUUACCGAUGUAAUUUUUCUUUAAUAUAUAUUUUGUAUUUAUGAUUUUCAUGUUGAAUCACAUUGAUUGUUGACUAUUUGUUAUGUAUUUAUUGAUUGGCACAUGAUAACUGAAUAGAACUGAAUGAAUGUAAUUUAUUCUUUUUGUGUUAUUGUAUUUAUUCCAGUUUUAAUUUAAAUCUAGUAUAACUGCCAAAAUAAUAGAAGAAAUUGAUUU